UAAAAGUGACAUUUGUAUAAAAAGCGCAGAUUUGUUUGUAAAGAUUUUCUAUCUGAUCUGUUAAAAGAUUUAAUUAAAAAUUGUAAAAAUACAACAAAAUAAAUAAUGGCUGGUGAAGUAAUAGUUGAUGCACUUCCAUACAUCGAUCAUGGUUAUGAUGAUCCAGGUGUUAGAGAAUCGGCCUUGGCAAUGGUGGAAGAAGAAUGUCGUCGUUACCGUCCCACAAAAAACUAUCUUGACCAUCUUCCACCGCUCAACACAUCUGCAUUCGAGACCAAAAUGAUGGCCUACGAAUUUGAGAGAAUACAAAACAGACAACCAAUGGAAACGUUGAGUAUGAAACGAUACGAAUUGCCGCCACCUUCGACAGGAAAACUCUCCGAAUUGUCCGCAUGGCAGGAAUCAAUUGAGAACUCCAUGGCACAACUGGAACAUCAAUGGACACGUGCCAUGAAUCUCGAAUUGAUGGUCGAGUAUGGCUGCGAAUCGUGGAAAGCUUAUUUGGAGAUUUUUGUUGCUCUCCAAGCUAAAGCUCAAAAUAAAUUGCAAGAAAUUAAAAAAGAAAUUCAAGAUGUUAAUUGGCAAAGGAAGCAAGCACAAACACAAGCUGGUGAAAAAUUAAAGACGCUAGAAGCUAAUUGGGUAAUGUUGGUGUCAAAGAACUAUGAGAUUGAGCAACAGUGUGUUGAAUUGGAGAAACAAAUUGCAGAUAUAACGGAAAAACUGAGAGAAGAAGAGACUGCGGAAGAAAAUGGAACAGUUGAAGACAAUGAAGAAGAAGAAGAAGAAACUGUUGUUACCAAUGGCAAUGCAUAGAUUAUAAUUUAAUUUGAAAUAAACUUCCAAACAAAACCUAA